AUGUCUAAGAAUAUCCUGAUUGUGGGUGCGACCCGAGGCCUGGGAGCCUCGCUGGGAGCCCUCUAUUCCAAGCAACCAUCUACGCAGGUGUUUGGAACCACUCGAUCGACAUCUGCUCCAAACAAAAACUCCAUUCACUGGCUCACGGGCAUCGAUGUUGCUGAGCCCAAUGUUGGCCAGAAGCUAGUUUCUCAAAUUCCUGGUUCCACAAAGCUAUCAACUGUGAUCAUCUCCGCCGGUUACUUCGGAUUGGAAAGCUUUGAUGAGCCAGAUUGGGAGAAAGAAGUCCGGAUGUAUACCACCUCGGCGAUUGGCCCGGUUUUUCUGGUGCAUCACUUGGUCAAAGCUAAUCGCCUCGAGCACGGAAGCAAAGUAAUCCUCGUCAGUAGCGAAAGCGGAAGCAUCACGCUCCGGCAUGAGGAGGAAGGAGGUGGUAACUACGGCCAUCAUGCGAGCAAGGCGGCCCUGAACAUGGUGGGGAAGCUUUUAAGCUUAGACUUGAAGCCGCGGGGCAUCGCAGUUGGCUUGGUUCAUCCGGGCUUUAUGCGAACUGAAAUGACCAAGGGGGUCGGGUUUGACAAGUUUUGGGAUUCAGGUGGCGCUGUUCCUCCAGACGAAGCUGCUCAAUCUUUGGCGUCUUUCGUCGAAGACUUUGACAUUCGCAAGACCGGGCAGUAUUGGGCGCCUAGGGGACCUGGAGAUAUUGGCACCGCUGAGAGUGUUCUAGGAAAAGACCUGCCGACACCACUACAACUGCCCUGGUAG